UUUUUUUGCAUGUAGUUACGUGACUAAUGACUGGGUGAAUGGAUGAGACGGGUUCCUCAAUCCUGAAUUCCUGACUCUUGCUUUUGUGUGUGUGUGUGUGGACGUUGUCAUUUCUUUUGUGUUAAAGCACUGGAUGGAUCCGGAUAUUGUUGUGCAAAAAGAAAAAAGUCAAGUCACUGACAAAUUUCUAGCCAAUACUUUAAGAAAGGAAACUAAUCGAAAUCUAGCUAAUUAUUUAUAAGGAAUCUCUAUCUCUCUAUUGUUCUGUUGUUGAAAAGGCGUACAUAAAAACUUUUUCUUUGUACCCAACUUCCGAUCCGAUGGUGCGACUGCGAGUGCGAGGAGGCGAUUGGUAAUGGCACACACUUUUUUUUAUAAAGAUACGGGUAGCCAAUUUGACUUGGCCUGCCAGUUCCGCGCAGCCCCCUCCAAAUCCAUCGAUAAAACACACAAUAAAUCAAUAAUAACCAGAGAGUCAGUUUGCGUGGAUUGCCAUCGCCCCUUCCUCCACCUCUGCGCUCCACCACCUAAUAAUUGAUUCCACUGCCAAUACCUGCGAUGAGUGCCGCCAUGCCGCCGGCGAUGGACCCCGCGGCGGCGGGGGAGAUGGCGCGGGAGGCCGCCGCGUGGUGCUCGCUGCACGGCCUCGUCGUCGGGGACCGCGCCGACCAGAGAUCAGCAACGGUCCCUGGUGUUGGUUUGGUCCAUGCUCCAUUCUCCUUGCUCCCAGCACAUUUUCCAGAGUCCUUUUGGAGGCAGGCGUGCGAGCUCGCUCCCGUUUUUAACGAGCUUGUGGACCGUGUUAGCAUGGACGGGAAUUUCUUGCAGAAUGCUUUGUCCAAAACAAGGCAGGUUGAUGAUUUCACAUCUAGGCUCUUGGAAAUUCACAGGAAAAUGAUGGAAAUAAAUAAGGAAGAGAAUAUUCGCUUGGGGUUGCACCGAUCAGAUUAUAUGCUGGAUUCAGAAACAAGUUCUCUUCUUCAAAUAGAGCUCAACACCAUUUCAGCAUCAUUUCCUGGGCUUGGUUCCUUAGUUAGUGAUCUUCACAGGUCCUUAAUUAAACAAUAUGGGACUUCUUUAAGUCUAGAACACAAGAGGGUUCCUGCAAAUGCGGCUAGCACUCAAUUUUCUGAAGCAUUGGCCCAAGCAUGGUCUGAGUUUAAUAUUGACAGUGCUGUAAUUAUGAUGAUUGUUCAGCCAGAAGAGAGAAAUAUGUAUGAUCAAUACUGGCUUUCCAAACAUUUGCAAGACUCACAUGGCAUAACAACUAUAAGGAAAACCUUAUCGCAGGUGGAAGCGGAAGGCCAGGUUCUCCCAGAUGGAACUCUUCUUGUAGGUGGCCAGAAAGUUGCUGUAGUGUAUUUUAGAGCUGGCUAUGCACCAAAUGAUUACCCUUCAGAAGCAGAAUGGAGUGCAAGACUUAUGAUGGAACAAUCAUCUGCUGUGAAGUGCCCUUCAAUAUCAUAUCAUUUAGUGGGAACCAAAAAGAUACAACAAGAACUAGCAAAGCCUAAUGUGCUUGAAAGGUUCCUUAAAAGUGAGGAAAUUGACAAGGUUCGCAAAUGUUUUGCUGGCUUAUGGAGUUUGGAUGACGAAUAUAUUAUAAAAACUGCAGUGGAAAAACCUGAGUUGUUUGUAUUGAAGCCUCAACGUGAAGGCGGAGGGAACAACAUCUACGGUCUUGAUUUGAGGGAAACGCUUGUCAGACUACAGAAGGAAGGAGGGGAUGCGCUUGCAGCCUACAUACUGAUGCAAAGAAUCUUCCCAAAAGCUUCUCCUGCUUAUCUCGUUCGUGGUGGUGUUUGCCACGAGGGUCUUGCAAUUUCUGAGCUUGGAAUAUAUGGAGCUUAUCUGCGUAACAAAGAUAAAGUGGUGAUCAAUGAGCAAUGUGGUUACUUGAUGCGAACGAAGGUUUCUUCAUCAGACGAAGGUGGCGUAGCUGCAGGGUUUGCUGUUUUGGAUAGCUUAUACCUGACUGGCAAGGUGAUGUUUCAGUCGAUCGACCUUUUUACCCAUCAUUUUUGUUUGGACAGAUAAACAGUUUCUGAACGAUAUAUCUUGUUUUAAGUGUUGUAGACUGAUUUUAAGCAGUCUCAAAAUCUGUUGUUCACUCUUGUUAGUGCUGUUAGAAAACCCUGGAUGAAAUGUAUGUAUUUCAUGUAACCAAUGAGAUUUUAGAAAGUCUUUUUUCAUCCAAA